GUGCUGCAGUAGCUGGAAUUUACAGAGUAGCGGGAAAGAAUAUGGCUCCCUUAGAAGCUCUUGUCUUUGGUGUUGGACAGACAGUACUGACAUUAAUUAUCUCAUUUUCAAGAAUUCUUGCAACGCUUUGA